AUGCUUUUAAAGAAGGCGUUUCUCGCCUUCGGCCUCAUUGCAUCGGGAUGGACUGCCAACGUCGAACCCUUUAGCUAUACCAACGAAACCUUCCUCCUCCAUGGCAAACCCUUCCAGAUAAUCGGCGGUCAGAUGGAUCCGCAACGGAUUCCGCACGAAUUGUGGAGUGAUCGGCUCGCAAAGGCACGAGCUAUGGGAUUGAACACGAUCUUCUCCUAUGUAUUUUGGGACCAGCUCGAACCUGUCCAGGGGACUUGGGAAACAAGCGGAAACAAUGAUAUCGCGAAGUAUUUCAAAACUGCACAGGAUCAUGGGUUGAAUGUGGUGCUUCGGCCCGGACCAUAUAUCUGUGGCGAACAUGAAUGGGGCGGAUUCCCGUUUUGGCUGAGUGAAGUACCCGGCAUGGUUGUUCGCACGAAUAAUAAGCCCUUCCUCUCCGCGACAAAGUCGUAUCUCCAGAAUCUGGCGAAGAGUUUGAAACCACUUCUCAUAACGAACGGAGGACCGAUCUUGAUGGUUCAGGUUGAGAAUGAAUAUGGUUCAUACGGAGAUAAUCAUGUGUAUAUUGGUGCAAUGCGCGAUAUGCUCAAGGCUACAUUUGGCAAGAAUGUGCACCUGUACACGAAUGAUGGGGGCGAAGAGUCUAUGAUCAAUGGCGGACAGAUCUCUGGAGUAUUGGCGGAAACUGAUGGAGAUCCAAAGACUGGAUUUACUGCUCGUGAUAAGUAUGUGACUGAUCCCAGCAGCUUGGGGCCGCAACUUGAUGGUGAGUACUACGUGACUUGGCUCGAUCAAUGGGCUAGCAACAACACCCACCAGACGGAUGCGGGGAAUACGAAAAGUAUCCAAGCCGUUCAGUCCGAUCUUGAUUGGAUUUUGCAGCAAAAUGCCUCUUUCAGCAUCUAUAUGGUGCACGGUGGAACAAACUGGGGAUUCCAAAACGGAGCAGAUUGGGGAGAUGCUUUGGAACCUAUCACUACAAGCUACGAUUAUGGUGCCCCAAUUGACGAAAGUGGUCGAACAAACGAAAUUUAUCGCGCUAUUCGACAAACGAUUGCUUCACAUGUUGGAGAGGAUACUAUUCCCGAUGUCAUCGACGAGGAGCCUUUGAUUGAGAUUCCGGACAUCAAGCUCCGUCCCAGCAGCAAGCUGUUCGAUUCUUUACCCGAUCCCGUUUUAAAGAAGUCUCCCAUUAAUAUGGAAGCUAUUGGUCAGGCUGUCGGAUUCAUUCUCUAUCGACAUGUGGCUACCUCCGCUAUCAAGGGCAAUAUCAACGUCGGAGACUACCCCAGAGACCGAAUUCUCAUUUAUGUGAACGGUCGGCGAAUUGGCGUGAUCGAUAGUCUAUAUGUGACGCCAAACACGGUUGAAGUGAGUCUUAAGAAGAACGAUGUCCUAGACCUUCUAGUCGAAAACAUGGGCCGUGUCAACUAUGGAGAACGUAUUGUUGAACAACGUAAGGGCAUCGUGGGCAGCGUUACCCUGGGCGACAAUGUGCUGUCCAACUGGCAGAUCUACCCUCUUCCACUGCCGUCGCCUCCAGACUCGACUUCCAGCAACGUUCAGAUCUCAAAGGAAUCAGGUCCAGUAUUCUUUGAAGGCACCUUCGAUGUGAAUAAGGUUGGCGAUACAUUCCUCGAAUUCCCUGGUUGGACCAAGGGGGUCGUCUGGGUGAACGCAGUGAACCUCGGGCGUUACUGGACGAUUGGACCUCAGCAAACGCUGUACCUCCCUGCAUGCUAUCUGAAAGAGAGGGGGAACAAGAUAACGGUACUCGCUUUAGAGCCUACAGGCGAGGAAGGUUCUGUUCGCGGUAUCACGACGCGGAUCUGGGGGAAUAAUCCAGACCCAGACGCGCCGUCGGGAUAG